CCAUCUGUUUGAGAAGUUGGAUAGGGUGGUUUUAGCACUUAGCAGAGAAAAGAAAUAGCAAGAGACUAUUGUGUUGCUGAAUUUAGUAGGGUCUCUUUGUACUAGGAAAAGAUGGGGCAGUGCGGAGUAGUGGUAGGAUAAAUGAAAUUUAGCUGCAGGCCAGGUGUCCCCCACAAAUCUAUUGCUGUAGUCUACCCUUCCCAAGCCAUAACUAGUGAAGUACCUUAUUGCUUCAAUUAUAAACUUAUUUUGAAAUCAUGGAAUCACAGAGUUGGAAGAAGAGUACAAGGGCCCUCUGGUCCAACUCCCUGAUAUGCAGGAAAAGUAUGAUCAAAGCACUCCCAACAGAUGGCCAUCCAAUCUCUGUUUAAAAGCCUCCAAGGAAGGAGCUUCCACUACACUCCCAAGGCAGUGAGUUCCACUGUUCAACAGCUUUUAUGGUCAGGAAGUACUUCCUAAUGUUCAGGUAGAUUUUUUUAUUCUUCCAUGUCCUGGUUUUCGAAGCAGCAGAAAACAACCUUACUUCCUCCUCAAUGUGACACCCUUUCAAACAUUUAGACAUGGCUAUCAAGUCCUCUCUCAGCCUUCUUUUCUCCAAGCUAAACAUAGCCAGUUCCCUCAGCCACGCCUCAUAGGGCUUAGUGUCCGAACCUUUGAUCUUCUUGAUAUGUAUGGUACACUCCUAUUCAUAUUUCCAUGUCCCCAGCACAGGGACUUGCUUCCUGGGAAUGUUUGCAAUCUUAGGUAACGGCAGAGUUGCAUGUUGAUUUAUAAUGACCCCAUUAAUGCUGGAUGUUUGUGUUGUGCUUGUAACAUUUCACACCAUAAGGAGAGGCAGGUAACAAACGUAUUAUCAUUAUUUCACUUAAAAAUAGCUCCUCUUUAUGCAUUGGUACCUAGGUAAAGGUAAAGGUUUUCCCCUGACAUUAAGUCUAGUCGUGUCUGGCUCUGGGGGUUGGUGCUCAUCUCCAUUUCUAAACUGAAGAGCCGGUGUCCAUAGGUCAUGUGGCCAGCAUGACUAUAUGGAGUGCUGUUACCUUCUUGCCAGAGAAGAUCUAUUCUAUUCACAUUUGUAUGUUUUCAAACUGCUAGGUUUGCAGAAGCCGGGGCUAACAGCGAGAGCAAAUCCCAUUACCUGGAUUCGAACCGUUGACCUUUUGGUCAGCAAGUUCUACAGCUCAGUGGUUUUACCCGCUGCACCACCGGGAUACCUAGGAUGUCUGUAAACUAUGUUGAAUAUACAAACAUACAUGAAAGUUACCAUUAACAGUAAAAAUAAAGCCAGGAGCAAGGCAAUUAUUUUAGUGCAUUUAAGAGCUCACUAAACCAAGACCUAAAUUUUCUAUCUCAAUUUUUACCUCUAUAGAGACUGUCAUAGUUGUUUGUGCUUUUGCUCACUGCUGCUUUAAGAAUCCCUUUUUCUCUACCCAAAGGCAAGAGGCAUCUCAUGUCUGUCAGUAAUGGAGAUCAGCCAUUGCUUCUUUACCCCAACAUACAUCAUGAGAUGUAACCUGAAACUCAGCCCAUGCACCAGCACUUCAUUUACAAUUCAAUCUGCAGACAUUGUAGUUGGUUGGUUUAAUUUGAAGACUCCAGUUUCUUGUUCCCAUACCCUGCUUUUAAUACAAUCUCCCUUGAUGCAAAGCUCUAGAGAAGAUGAAGUUAGUUAGGAUUUUGCUUCAUGUUAACAAAGGUAUUAUUCAAAAGCCGAUUUUUCAAAAACUAAAUGAACACGACGAUUAGUUGGUUGAUGGAGAUUCAACAAAAAUAAGCUAAAUGGAUCUUCCUGCAAAGAAAAUUAGAAAUCCCAGCCACAGAAAGUUGUAUCAUGGGACAAGCAUUAUUUGUCCCUAUCAAGAAACUGAACAGUUUUCUUCCUAUAUUGAUGUUGAAAUACAUCUGUUUGCUUGAAUACAAACAAAACAGUCAUAACAUUCCUGAUUCAGUAAGGGCAUAAUGUAAUAAAAUACUAGAGACUAAGACAAACUGAAAGAAGUGGCUAGAAAAUUAAUUUGGUGGCAACCCCUUGGGAACCAUGGAUUGCUGGAUUGAUUUAUCUUGGUUGUUAAUCGCUCCUAACAACACAAAAAUGGCCCUCACUUCAUGACCCACCUUUCCUAUAAUACUUCCAGAUCAAAUAAUUGUAUAAGCAGCCGAGCAAAAAUGGAUGCUUUCAGCUGAUAAAUAUUGACCCUUUGUCCCUGUAACCCAGACCAAUACAAGUAUUAAAAAAGUAACAGCACAAUUAUCACAAAAGGUCAGGCUUGUCUGUUAGUUCUUUGUCCAUAAUUUCCAUCAGCAGCUCAGAAUCUGAUCUGUCUUGCCAUAUGCUUCUGUUAUUUUGAGGUUGGAGCUAGUAGGAAAGUUCUACAAAUGUCCUAUGCUGGCAAAAGGUACAAACAUACCUCUAUAGCUGGAAAGGUUUUUACAUGCUAGUGUUGUGAUUGCACCGCAUUAUAAAUUGUAAAAUAUCAGAUGAACUCAGGGCAGCAGGAUGCAUUUUCAAAGAAGGAGAACAGAAUACAUAGUCACAUCCCGUUUGGACUACUGUAACGCUCUCUAUGUGAUGUGAUGCCUUUGAAGAUAAUUUAGAAGCUUCAGCUGCUUCAGAGAUUGGCAGCCAGGUUAUGAUGUGGAAGUAUCGGAAAAUAUAGAUUUUCACAUAUAUUGUAUGUAAUAAGCACACUGAAAUAUAGAAAAAUCAGACUCUAUCUGUACCAGGCACUGAGACGCAGGUACAAGGAAGGUGCAAGAGGUCUGUGUAAAUGCACAGGUGAAAGGGGGGUGAACUAACCUAAACAUUCCAGAGGAACAGCUUGGUAUGACCAUAGGCUUGAAAUAAAAAGUAAGUCUUUCUCUCUCUCUUUCUCUCAUGACAGGUGAGGGGCCCCUUGAUGGAUGGCUUCAGAAUGGGCUGCCUCUGCUUAUCUGGAACUGGCUGCAGGCUGGUUAGAGGGCUUAGAUAGGAAAAUGCUGAGACAUGCAUAUACAGUAGAGUCUCACUUAUCCAACACUUGUUUAUCCAACGUUCUGGAUUAUCCAACACAUUUUUGUAGUCAAUGUUUUCAAUACAUCGUGAUAUUUUGGUGCUAAAUUCGUAAAUACAGUAAUUACUAUAUAGCAUUACUGCAUAUUGAACUACUUUUUCUGUCAAAUUUGUUGUAUAACAUGCUUUGGUGCUUAAUUUGUAAAAUCAUAACCUAUUUUGAUGUUUAAUAGGCUUUUCCUUAAUCUCUCCUUAUUAUCCAGCAUAUUCGCUUCUCCAACAUUCUGCUGGCCCAUUUACGUUGGAUAAGCGAGACUCUACUGUAUAUUCCCCAUGUAUAUAGAAAAGGUAAAAUGAGCUAUUGAUGAUGCUAAAGUGACAUAGGGUCACAUGUAUGUAGGAGCAUGUUUCUUUGUUUGCCUGUAUUUGAAGAUGUAUAAAAGGGAAAGUCAAUGCCUUUGUCCUCACUCUGGUUUGCUUUUGGAGGAAAUUCCAUGCCAGGGUUUAAGCUGAAAAUAAAACCGUACUUUUCUGCUUCAACAAAGGAUCACUCUUGGUGUUAUCUCUCCUAUCAGCCCCAACAGUUACUAUGUAAUAAUAAUAAUAAUAAUAAUAAUAAUAAUAAUAAUAAUAAUAAUAAUAAUAAUAAUAAUAAUAAUAUAUUUCUAAAUAGCCCUCUCUCCCCAGAGGGACUCAGGGCAGUUAACAUACAUAUAAAUGGCAAACAUUCAAUGCCACAAGUACACUUAAUAUCAAAAGUAUAAAAUGAUGAUAACAUAUUAUAAUAAAAAUUCCAAAUUAGAAAAAACAAUAAAUUUAAACAUGACACUCAGUAAAAACAUUAUUGCACGGGGCCCUGUACAGGGAGAGAACCACUCCCAUGUUAUGGCAGCUCCACUGGCUGCUAGUCCGCUUUCAGGCUAAAUACAAAAUGCUUGCCGUUAACCAAUAAAGCCCUAAACAGUUCGGGUCCAGGCUAUUUGUCAAAUCGCAUCUCCCUAGACAGACCAUCUUGCGCCGAUUUUACUGAAGGAUGUCACAUUCAGCGUAUUGUCCCCAUGAAUCCUCUGUCAUGCUACUUUUUCAGAUGCUUACAGACACCCUAGUCUCUUCUUCCUUCCCACUUUCUGUCUUUUUCCUCAUCUUACUUCUGUUGUUGCAAACCGAGUUUAAAGUGCAAAGGCAGUAAAAGCUCAGUUAAUAGGGUGGGAAGGAGAAGAGAAGGAAAAAAGGAAUAAGGGAGAAGAGAAAGAGAAAAAUGAGAAAAGAGAAGACAAGAGAAAGAGAAGAGGAAAAUGUAAAGAAAAGAGAAUAUUUUUUAUCGUGUCAGAAGUGAACUGAGAAUAUACUGCAAGCCCCAUCUACAAUGUUAUCUAAUGCAAUAGAAAUGAAUUACAUUAAAGGAGUCAAAACUGACCAUAUAAUGCAGUUUCAAACUGCAUUAUAUGGCAGUGUAGAUGGGACCAUUGUUAAGCUCCCCAGUGUCCAAUGCAUCUGAACUCUUUCACUUGCUGCGGCUGCCCAGUCAAGUUUAGAGAAGUGUGAGUUGGGAGAUGCCUACUUACUUACUUAGAUGAUCCCUCGUUGUCCGAGUAUGAUGGCCUUCCAAGUGUAGUGUCUUGGCGGUGGAUACGAAGGUGACUGUAGAGUCCUAUUCUUGACCCGCUAGUUCUUCCACAGUGAGGGCAUCAGUUUCCAGGUGGAAGGUGGUCCUGGUCAGGGUUGGCUUUGUUACAAUAAAAAUACUAUUUUAAAUCUCUCAUGAACAUUAUGUGAGUUGAUGCAACUGAUCACAUUGUACAUAUGUUGUUCUGGAUUUAAGAAGAAUAAACUACUUGUUCUUUAUUGUUCACCUGCGUGGCACAUAUCUUCUUUAUCUGGCAAGGCAGUUCAUGGACUGCACAUUUUCAUUUUUCAUUACAUCACAGGCUUAACAUGCCUUCCUCUUGGCACAUUUCUCCUUUCCACCCUCCAUUCGUGCCUCUUCCAAUUCCACAGCACUGCUGGUCACAGCUGACCUCCAGUUAGAGCGCUCAAGGGCCAGGGCUUCCCAGUUCUCGGUGUCUAUGCCACAGUUUUUAAGUUGGGAGGUGCAUUGCAGCUAGGUCACAGUAGCUACCUCUCACACGCGGGAUCUUAACCUGUUCAUUUCUUUGAUUUACAUCCCAUCUUUCUUCUAGUCUGGGAACCAAAGCAUCUUAGAGUAGACAUCAAAACAAAGUAGCUAAAAUCAUAUGGGGCAUAAUCGUUUUUACAAGCAUUAAAAAGCAAUCCCAUUAUAAAUAAUUAAAAAUAUUGAGCGCAUUACAUAUUUUUUUUAAAAAAACAGCACAUCAGUUGAACACCCUUCUACUCCAACCAAUUUAAAGAUCGAAGGCCUCUUUCAAUAAUAUUGUAUUAAAUAACAAUUAGAUUGUGAGCCUGCAGGCAGAGAACUAAGGUUCUCUAAGGACUUUUAACUUGUAAAGCACCAUAUACAAUAAUGGUGUUAUAUACUGUAUAUACUCGAGUAUAAGCCGACCCGAAUAUAAGCCAAGGCACCUAAUUUUACCACAAAAAACUGGGAUAACUUAUUGACUCGAGUAUAAGCCAAGGGUGGGAAAUGUAGCAGCUAUGGGUAAAUUUCAAAAUAAAAAUAGAUACCAAUAAAAUUUCAUUAAUCAGGGCAUCAGUACGUUAAAUGUUUUUGAAUUUUACCGUAUUUCAAAGAAAAAUAAACUAGCUCUAUAAGUGGAAAAGUAGGGGCAACAAAAACAAUAUGGUAUCAAUAAUAAUCUAAUAAUAAUAGUAGUAGUAGUAGUAGUAGUAGUAGUAGUAAUAAUAAUAAUAAUAGUGUGGUUUUCUGGCAUUGUAUAUUUCUGCCGCUUCUGUGACUGUUCAUUUGGGUUUUGAUGAUUCCGUAGCCCACUUGUCGAUGGAUGUCCAGAAUCAGCAGCAUCCACCGCGGUCCUUUUUAUCCUGGGUGACGACCGAGCCAGUAUAGACUUCGUUUUGGUUUGAUUCUCCAUAAUGCUAAUGGGUUAGGUGCUCUUGGUUCCAUUCCUCAGCUGAGGCCUCUCUGGCUUGGUUGGACCAUUGGGUAUAUUAAGGUAAAGGUAAAGGUUUUCCCCUGAUGCUAAGUCCAGUCGUGUCCGACUUUGGGGGUUGGUGCUCAUCUCCAUUUCUAAGCCGAAGAGCCGGCGUUGUCCAUAGACACCUCCAAGGUCAUGUGGCCGGCAUGACUGCAUGGAACGCCGUUACCUUCCCACUAGAGCAGUACCUAUUGAUCUACUCAUGUUUGCAUGUUUUCAAACUGCUAGGUUGGCAGAAGCUGGAGCUAACAGCGGGCACUCACUCUGCUCCCCGGGUUUGAACCUGGGACCUUUCGGUCUGCAAGUUCAGCAGCUCAGCGCUUUAACACACUGAGCCACUGGAGGCUCCCUAGGUAUAUUACAAUAGUGCAAAUAGGAUGCAAUCAAAGCAUGUGUUACGGUGUCCAAUUUUGCUCCUAUUUGCCCCUCUGUCUUUCCAUCAUUAUAGCGCUUAAUGGCGAUGGACAGUGACAGGGGAUAUUACAGUAGAGUCUCACUUAUCCAACAUAAACAGGCCAGCAGAACGUUGGAUAAGCGAAAAUGUUGGAUAAUAAGGAGGGAUUAAGGAAAAGCCUAUUUAAUGUCAAAUUAAUGAUUUUGCAAAUUGAGCACCAAAACAUUAUGUUUUACAACUUGUUUGGGAGCAUGGCUGCACUUGUGUUGUUGUUGGGCAUGUUGGCCCGCUGCACGUUGCUGCCUAGAGAAACAGGUGUGGAUCUCGGCAGGAGGCAGACUGCGUUGGAUAACACAGAACAUCAGAUGAGCGAAGGUUGGAUAAGUGAGAUUCUACUGUAGAAGGAUCUCAUUGGGAAACUUUUCUCAGACGGCCUCUACAAAAUUUCCUCUCAAAAUAAAUGCUUGGUAGGAUUUUUUCCCAACUAAUACUUCAUAUUCAGGAAGGAAGGCAGCAAGAGCACAGCACAGAGGGAUGAAUCUGUGUUACCUUUCCAUCCAACAAGAUACUCUAUCAUUGCUGUAGUCCUAGCAAAAAAGAAAACCCAUAAAAAUCAGUUUCAUUACACUCUCUAUUACAUUCUUGAAACUGAUGCAUGAUUUAAAAAAAACCCCUUUACGUCAUUAGAAUAUGUUUCUAAGGAAUGCACAAUAUCACUUGGAUUGUGAAGCACUUCGUUUACAAAGCAAACAAUCCCAUCUACUAUAUAGAUAGAGCUUUCUGCACCAGCUUUACCAACUUGCACGGAAAAUACUAGGUAAGAAACCUUUCCAGAUUCAUUUCUGCUUAUUUCCCUACUCCCAAUCUUUCUUAGCUUUGCUUCUCCGCUUAACUUAAUAAGCAGAUACUUGCUGGAGUUUGCAGCUUUGUGAGACUGAAUUGAAUUCAGGAGCAACUCAGAAACAAAUGAUUUAACAGAAUGUUUCUCAGCUGAUUGUGCACAGAAGCCAUCUAGGUGUGUGUCUACACUGUGGAAUUAAUGCCAUUUGAUAUCACUUGAACUGUCUUGACUCAAUGCUGUAGAAUCCUGGAAGUUGUAGUUUUACAAGGUAUUUAGCCUUCUCUGGAGCCCCCGGUGGCAUUGUGGGUUAAACCACUGAGCUACUGAACUUGCUGACUGAAAGGUCAGCAGUUUGAUCCAGGGAGUGGGGUGAGCUCCCGCUAUUAGCCCCAGCUUCUGCCAAUGUAGCAGUUUGAAAACAUGGAAAUGUGAGUAGAUCAAUAGGUACCACUCCAGUGGGAAGGUAAUGACGCUCCAUGCAGUCAUGCUGGCCACAUGACCUUGGAGGCAUCUACAGACAACGCUUGCUCUUUGGCUUAGAAAUGGAGAUGAGCACCAACUCCCAGUCGGACACGAGUAGAUUUAGUAUCAGGGGAAAACCUACCCUCAACAAACUACAACUCUCAAGAUUUCAUAGCAUUGAGCCAGGACAGUUAAGGUGGCAUUAAAUCUACAGUGUAUAUGAAGUCUAAGUGAGAUGGAAGCUUUCUUAAUAAUUACUGUGAAUGUUCUCUCUCCAAGCUCCAUGUUCCCCUCCAAGUAUAAUGUGCAUUUUGUAUUAGCUUUGUACACUUGACCCUCAAUAGUAUUAAUAGGAUUAUUCUGAUUCUUCUUAACAAGACAAGCAUGAUUUUUGUGUCCUGAUAAAUAUGAUGUAUCAACUCACUAUGACGAACAUAAUGGUAUGAUAAUAGAAUGCCUAUGUAUUCAUUUCACUGUUAAACCCAGUUAGACAAAAUAAUUAGUACAAGAUACAAAAUAUUAAAAGACUUUAUAAAACACUGUGGUUUUAAUGUGUGCUAUAUUAUGUGUGUUACAGGCUAAUAAUCUUAUCUCUGAGGCAUCUUUAGAAGUUAAUGAUGUUUAUCCGAAGCAUAAUCGUAGGAACACUCCUUGUCUGUUCACUUUGGAUAGAGACCACUGUUGCAGGUUCCAGCUUUUUGAGUCCAGAACAACCAAAGAUGCAGCAGCGAAAAGUCUCCCAGAAAUCUGUAACAAAAUUCCAUCGUCGAGAUGCAGAAGUGGCUUUGGACGUCCAUGGAAAUGAGGUUAAGGAAAAUAGGAAUGAAAUGGAAAUAAAGUUUACCGUUCCCUUUGAAAUUGGCAUGAAAAUCUCUGAAGCUCAGUACAAAGACUGUGAGCAAAUGCUGGAGAAAUUUUUGGAAGACAUACUGGCUGAGGACAAUAAAGCUGCCUUGCUGGAAGACUACAACAGGUUCCACAAUGAAGACCCAUUUGGUGAGCAAACUCUCCAGACAGCGCAGAGCAUUCUGUCAUCCAUCUCUGAAGCCAAGAAAGAACAGUGGAUAAAGCUGAUAACAGAAGUCGACAUGGGCAGCAGUCAGAAGGCAUGGAGGCUGUGA